GUUUUUGUUUUGUUGAGUUUUGUUUUCUAUGUAUUUAUUCACCUUUUCUAACCUGAAGUACUAAAAGCUGUUGCUGUUACACACUCCGGUACAGUAGGGGGCGGUAUGCACCUGAACAAGCUGGUUGCGACCCGCCAUAAAACCCAGAGAAGAAGAAGCAGCGCAUGCUCCGUGUCAGUUUAGCGCGUGAGAGAGAAGAUGGCGGCAGCAGCAGCAGCGUCCAGCAGCUCCGGACUGAAAGGUUCUGCUAACAGAGACCCGGACCCGGACCCGGACCGGAGCAGCCGGCAGGUCAGCAGCGGGAAAUGGAGAGGAGGAGUGGGACUCGGACAUCACCGCUGUCAGCACUGUGACAAAUCCUUCCCAACGGCUGGAUCUCUAAAGACUCAUCAGAGACUUCACACUGGAGAGAAACCGUACAGCUGUGAUCAGUGUGGGAAAACUUUCACGACCGCAACUAGCCUAGAAAUCCACAGAUGUAUUCACACUGGAGAGAAACCGUACAGCUGUGACCAGUGUGGGAAAAGUUUCAUUCAAUCGGGUAACCUAGGAAGGCACAAACGUGUUCACACUGGAGAGAAACUUUACUGCUGUGAUCAGUGUGGGAAAGCGUUCAAUAGAUCAGAUUCCCUAAAGACGCAUCAACACGUGCACACUGGAGAGAAACCAUACAGCUGUGACCAGUGUGGGAAAGGUUUCGCUGAGCCACGUAGCCUAACCAUACACCGACGUAUUCACACUGGAAAGAAACCGUACAGUUGUGACAAGUGUGGAAAAACCUUCACGUCAUCAGGAGACCUGAGAAGGCACCAACGUGUUCACACUGGAGAGAAACCCUACAGGUGUUACCAGUGUGGGAAAACUUUCAUUCAAUCAUUUAACCUAGGAAGGCACCAACGUGUUCACAUCGGAGAGAAACCGUACAGGUGUAACCUGUGUAGGAAAGCGUUUACCACGUCAGGUGCCUUGAGAAAUCACAGACGUAUUCAUCAAAGACUUCACACUGGAGAGAAACCGUACAGCUGUGACCAGUGUGGGAAAGCUUGCACUACAUCAGGUGCCCUAAAAAUCCACCUACGUGUUCACACUGGAGAGAAACCAUACAGCUGUGACCAGUGUGGAAAAGCUUACACUACAUCAGGUGCCCUAAAAAUCCAUCUACGUGUUCACACUGGAGAGAAACCAUACAGCUGCGACCAGUGUGGGAAAGCUUUCACUAGACUAAUUCAUCUAAUAGACCACCACCGUGUUCACACUGGAGAGAAACCGUACAGGUGUGAACAGUGUGGAAAAAAUUUCACUCAGUCAUCUAGCCUUAAACACCACCAACGUGUUCACACUGGAGAGAAAAUAUACAGGUGUGAACAGUGUGGGAAAUAUUUUGCUCAGUCAAGUCACCUAAAAAUCCACCAACGUGUUCACACUGGGGAGAAAAUGUACAGAUGUGAACCGUGUGGAAAAACUUUCACUACAUCAGGUGCCCUAAAAAAACACCAACGUGUUCACACUGGAGAGAAACCAUACAGCUGUGAGCAGUGUGGAAAAAGGUUUGCUCAAUCAGGUGACCUAAAAAUCCACGAACGUGUUCACACUGGAGAGAAACCGUACUGGUGUGAACAGUGUGGGAAAACUUUCACUACAUCAAGUAACCGGAAAAUCCACCAACGUGUUCACAAUGGAGAGAAACUGUACAGCUGUGACCAGUGUGGAAAAAUUUUCUCUACAUCAGGUAACCUAAAAAUCCACCAACAUGUUCACACUGGAGAGAAACCGUACUGGUGUGAACAGUGUGGAAAAACUUUCAGUAGAUCAGAGUCCCUAAAAAACCACCAACGUGUUCACACUGGAGAGAAACCGUACAGCUGUGACCAGUGUGGAAAAACUUUCACUACAUCAGGUAACCUAAAAAUCCACCAACGUGUUCACAGUGGAGAGAAACCGUACAGCUGUGGCCUAUGUUGCAAAUCUUAUACAGACAGGAGAACCCUUAGAAGACACAAAUGCAUCCACAAAGCAUCAGAGUGACAGUUUUCACAGAGCCGAACUAGCGUUUUUCAUCUGUCCUGAAUAAAACCACCUGUUAUCAUGUGACAGUGCUGGACUAACAUCAUGUGAUGACAGCUGAGGAAGUUUGAUUUGGAAAUUUGAGUAAAUGUGCAGUGUAGGCACAGUCUGUCCGUUGAGUCUGUUGUUUCUGCAACCACUGGAAAAGUGAAGGCGGUUAGCCCUAGCUAACAUUUCGCCUGUACAGCACGUUGUUUUCUUUUGGCUGUAAUGUCAAGUUAGCUAAAUUAGUACUGAGUAAUGUAAUUAGUUGCGUGACAUUACCACCUAACUUGUCGAGAAAUGACAACAUCAGGUUCAAGCUACACUGGUGUGGUGUCCUGUACACAUACUGUACAUCCUGAUAGUUAAAUUAUAUUUCAGUGUCCAGAGGAGUCUGACAACUGGUUGUUAAAGGAAGGACGCUGGUGACCAGGAGGAGCUGAGGCUAGAAAAGUAAAAAAAAGAUGCAUCAAGAUGGAUCGCCGCCCUUUGAAUUUUAAUCAAAUCAAACCGUGAGGUGCCAAGAGAUUCUCAUCCCUACUGCCCAGUCAGUUUUCCCAUUCAAUUACUUUAAAAUGUUCUUUAAAAAGUUUUGUGGAGCCAUGAUGUCUCCAAUUGUCCAGUGCAUCUGUUAGGGCCUGUCCAUGGUUGGCAACAGGUCUUCUCUUGAGUAAUCUCUCUCGAGUUUCCCUAAUGUAGCCUAAUUAUGUUGUGUUUUUGUGCUAAAAUGCAAAAUGUUCAAAAUUCAUACAGAUUGUUCAUAAAGUGAAGAAACAUAAA